AUGGCUGAUACAAUCCUUAAGUUAAGUCGAGGUUUAGUACGCAUCGACACAAAUAAUGAUUUUCGUUCUGAUGAAAUUCAUUAUCAAGUUACUUUCACAUUCCUGAUUAUCGCUGCCGUCGCCUCCACAACUCUUCAGUUCUAUGCGGAUCCCAUCCAAUGUAUCCAACCAGCUCAGUUUACCGAUGGCUACACAUCAUUUGCUCGAACGAUCUGUUGGCUGAACAACACAUACUUCUACCCUCAAACUUACACAAGAUUACCGAUGGACAAAAACGAACGACAACAACACACUCUCAAAUAUUAUCAAUGGUUACCAUUCGUCUAUCUCAUCCAAGCAUUCUUCUUUCUUCUUCCACAUCUCAUCUGGAUCAGUUUCUAUCAGAAGAAUGGUCUCAAUCCAGGUCUCGUCGUUGAACAAGGAAAAAAAUUCGAUGAGAAANUGAACAACACAUACUUCUACCCUCAAACUUACACAAGAUUACCGAUGGACAAAAACGAACGACAACAACACACUCUCAAAUAUUAUCAAUGGUUACCAUUCGUCUAUCUCAUCCAAGCAUUCUUCUUUCUUCUUCCACAUCUCAUCUGGAUCAGUUUCUAUCAGAAGAAUGGUCUCAAUCCAGGUCUCGUCGUUGAACAAGGAAAAAAAUUCGAUGAGAAAUCCAAUAUAGGCCAACGAAUCGCCAAAGAAAUCGAACGAUAUCUAAUGUGUCGACGACUGGCACAAUGUAAGAAGAAGCUGCUACUUCGCAGCAGCGUUCAUCAAGAUUCUCCAUCUCAGUCCGAAUCACUUCUACCCAAUGUGUCAUUUCGUAUUCGAUAUCGAAGCUCAUAUGUUGUUUCACUUUAUCUGUUCAUCAAAGUUCUCUAUCUUCUCAACAUUAUCAUCCAAGUCUACUUUCUGAAUCUUCUUCUAUCGACUGGUAAAUAUGGCUUUGUUCGAUUUGGAUUCGAUACGAUGAAAUAUUUAUUUCAAUCGACAAUACGCGAACGCAUUGUCAACCUAUCGUACAAACAUCAACAACUGUUUCCAUUUGUGACACUGUGUGACUUUCACAUUCGUGAACUAGGUCAAGAUCAUUACUAUACAAUUGAGUGUAUUCUGUUGAUCAACAUCUUCUACGAGAAGAUUUAUUUUGCAAUGUGGCUUUGGUUUGCAGUUCUAUUCGUGAUAUCGCUGAUCUCAUUCGCUUAUUCAUUUUGUCUCUAUGUUCCAUUCUUUACUCGUUAUCGUUUCAUUGAAAAAGUGAUUCAUUCGAUUCACGCAAAAUAUCCGCCAUCGAAUCCAACAAAUCAGAUUACAACAAAUGAUCAUGAAGAACAUGGAAGAGACCUUUUAGACAGUGACAAACGAAAGAGAGACUUUGUGAACUGGUUACAACGAGAUGGAGUGUUUCUGUUGCGUUUGUUGUAUUCACAUGCGGGAACAGCAGUUGUGGUUCAAUGUGUGGAAGAUUUGAAGGAGAUCUGGGUGGAAAACUAUGAAGAUGGAAGGAAAUUGAGUGAAAAACUGUUGAAAAAUGAAUUUGAAUUUUCANAAGAACAUGGAAGAGACCUUUUAGACAGUGACAAACGAAAGAGAGACUUUGUGAACUGGUUACAACGAGAUGGAGUGUUUCUGUUGCGUUUGUUGUAUUCACAUGCGGGAACAGCAGUUGUGGUUCAAUGUGUGGAAGAUUUGAAGGAGAUCUGGGUGGAAAACUAUGAAGAUGGAAGGAAAUUGAGUGAAAAACUGUUGAAAAAUGAAUUUGAAUUUUCAAUGUAG